AUGAGCCUACUUGCCAGGAGCCACGACACUUCAAAAAUCAAAAACAAGCCUGAACUCUUUUCCUUCCAAGAAAUCUCAUCAAACACAAACACUCGUCAAACAACCACACUCCCAAAACAUCUUCUCAGAACACCAGCUCUGCCUUGUGGCCUAGUUGGCACAGCAAGAAACAACAUGGCUGGUGCAAACCCUUAUGGCCUGGUUCCCUCGGGUACCUGGUCUGGUGGUUGGGUUCAUUAUCCUGCUGGACAUUUUUCUAUGCUUUGCAGUGCUUCUAUCAGUCGUGAGAUACCAUCGACUAAUCAGACUCCGAUGAAUAGCAACGCCCGCUUCCGGGGCCAAGCCGCCAAACCGCCGGGCUCGAACAAGUCUCCAACGUCCUCAACCGCUGGUCAGCCUACGUCACCGACCGUUUCUCAGGGAAGCCAGUCAUCCACCAACUUGGCUCCGAAAGUCCCGCCUCUGCCCAACUCUCCUUCGCUCGCCCACUCCAUUGGCAUGGACGACCAGGGUGGCUUGUCCGACGGCGACGGCCUUCUCGGCUCCUACCAUCUGCCACGGCCUAUGCCCAUCUGGCUGAACUCCAACUAUGGCAAGCAUAUCGUCAAGGGCAACUUUAUGACUCUGAGUGCGAGACCCAAGACGGUCGAACAGGGCGAGUGGAUCGCGCAUCAAGUGGUUGAGCACUACCGCAACCUCUGGAACUUCGUUCGUGUUCUCCACGAGAAGGAGGAAGAUGGCUCGACGAUCUGCAACGGCACUACGUGUCCCAGGAUGUCCGCCGGAGCCCGUCGGGAACCUGUCGAGCUUCCUGCCGCCGAAUACAUGACUCUUAUGCAGAGAUGGAUCUCAGGCAAGAUUGACGACACCAACAUCUUCCCGACCGACCCCUCGGGCGUCUCGUAUGCGCACAACGCAAACAUCACCACCACGCCCCUCUCACAGCUCACAAACCCUGGUGAGCCCGACUGGAUCGGCAAGCGAUCAGGUUUCCCGCAGAAUUUCAUUGACGUCUGCCAAACCAUCUUCCGCCAGAUGUUCCGCGUCUACUCUCACCUCUACUGGGCUCAUUUCACAGAGCCUUUCUACCACCUCAACCUCGAGAAGUCCCUCAACAGUUGCUUCAGCCACUUCAUCCUCACCGCCACUGCUCUCGACAUGCUCAAGCCUCAUGAGCUCGAGCCCAUGCAGCCGCUAAUCGACCUUUGGGCUGCCAACGGCACCUUUCCACCCGAGUCCAAGGCUUACGAGUAUGCCAAUCUCCGCGCUGGCGAGCGCCUGAUGCAACUUGCCGGCAUGAUGGCCGGCUUCACUCCAACGCUCUUACCACCGGAAUCUUUGCUCGUCAAGGCUGGAAAAGAAGCAAAUGGGGCCUCCAGAGCCAAACACGACAACAAUAAGGAAACGCAUUUUUCACACGUACGCACGCAUUGCAUUUGCAGCAGUCCCGGGGAGAAAAGAGAAAGAAACGGGCUGCAUGUUGGAGUUUUCGGAUUUGCUAUGAGGCCAGGCAAGGUCUUGAGACACCCCAAGGAUACUUGCCUGCUUUGCUCCAUUGAGCCUGACUGA